GCCUCACUACUACUAAAAGUGAAAAUGCAGGAAACUAACACACAACCUGUAGAAAAGAGCGCACAAGUGACUCAUAAAACACAAAAGUCCCUCCAUGAUGUAAUAGUACAGAAAUUUGGAAGUGCAUCCAACCCAGGGAACCCAUUUUUAGCAACGAUUUUUCUUUGUGGUGAAAAAAAUGAGGAAGAAUCAAUUUCCACAGCGCUAAAAACUCUCUUGGAUGAAUCCUUCAUGAAGGCUGAUGCGGUUAAUCCUUUUAUAAAGGAUUCUGAAUCUUCUCACGCGGCCGGGCUUGUCAUCGACUACGGAAAGUAUAUUAUUCAAUUAAUACAGGGUCCUGACCACAACAUUUAUUCGUAUUUAACUAACUUGAGAUCGGCGAAAAAUCUGACAAGUAAAAAUUUUGUUCUUUUUUUCGAUGAUGACACUACCAAGAUAGGAGUAAAAGACUGGGUGCAGAUAGAUAAAGUACCUCCCAGGGCACUAGAAGAGGACCAUGUUCUAGAAAAAUCAGACGAGGAAAUUUCUGAUUCCGUCUUAACUGAUUUCUUUAAUUUAUUAGAGUUAGGUGCCAAAUGUAUCGAACAAGGUGCAAAUCAGAAAGCUAGUUUUUCUGAUAUUGCCAGAGUAAAUUUUCCAAAGCUGUAUCCAAGCAUAAAUUCACUUGAAAUGUACAAAAGGAGUAAUUUAUUUUUAACUUUAGGUGAGUUUGUAGAUAACUUAUGUGUAUUUCCACAAUUGACUCGAGAUUGUGAAAUAAAUCAUCCGCUAGAAAAUCCACUAAUGUACUGAUACCUGGUGAAUGUUUGCCUUAUUCUUGAUAUUCUCAAUGUACAGGUAUUUUUUAAAAUAAAAAAAAAUAA